AUGAAUCUUAUUAAAGCAUCACAUCUUCUCAUACCACAUCUGUACUUGACAAAAGGUAUUCCUUCAAACUCACCUUCAGCAACGAGUAGCCCAUGUCAACAGAUUGAAACGGUGGGAAACGGUGGGAAACGGCGGGAAACGGCAUGGGGUCAAGGGCACAAACAAUUUGCUUGUGCCAAUUUGAGCAGUUUUGUCGGUGUAGAUGCUAGCUUCGGAGGAAGUGACGACCAAACUAAUGACCAUGCUGAUUUUACUGACGAGUUGAAGAAGUACUCACUGGAUUUUGUGUGCUAUAAUGAUGUAGAAGCUGCGAGGACAGUAGAAACGAGAACUGCUGACGAGACUGAUUUCGAAAAGGAGAAAAUGACGGCAGUAACUGAUGACGUAUUUUUUUUUGACGACGCUAUUGGUGUCAAGAACUCAUUGCAAUAG